CAAAAACUUUUGAAAAAAUUUCCAAGGGCAUGAUGGAGAGAGGCCACGAUAGGGACUCUGAGCAGUGCCGCGUGAAGGUCAAGGAGCUCAGACAAGCCUAUCAAAAAACAAAGGAGGCAAACGGUCGCUCCGGGUCAGAGCCGCGGACAUGCCGCUACUACGCCGAGCUGCAUGCAAUUCUAGGGGGGGCUGCCACCACUACCCCACCUUUGUUCGUGGAUUCUGGGUCGGGGAUAGUCUCGACGCCUGAGGAUUCUGCCGAUGGGGUAGAGGAGGAGGAGGAGGAUGAGCUUGCAGAGAGCACACAGCACUCCAUUCUCCCCAACAGCCAGGAUCUUUUUAUCACCCUGACUGAAGUACCCUCCCAAGCCUCCCAAGCCAGUACCCAAGACUCUGACCCCAUGGAAGGGACCUCAGCAGCUGCAAAUUCCUCAAGCCUCCCUCCUCCAUCCCGAAGGUUAUCACAGAUAAGGCGUCGUAAGAAGAAGACGCAGGAGGACAUGUUUUCUGAAAUUAUGCAAUCCAGCAGGAGUGACAGAGCUCAUCUGAAUGAGUGGAAGGAAACAGUUUCAAAGUAUAGGAAAGAAGUCAGUGAACGUGAGGAGAGGAGGGACCAACGUGAGGAGAGGAGGGACCAACGUGAGGAGAGGAGAGACGAUCGAGAUGAGAGAUGGCGGCAGGAAGACCAGAGGAUGAAGGAUGCAACGCUGGGGCUGCUCCGGCGUCUGGUGGAGGUUCAGGAACGGCUGCUGGAAAACAGACUACUGCUUCACUGGUGGUCUCACUGA